UUCUCAAAAAUUAAACACCGAUCUUUUGAGUUACAAAAUUCUAAAUUUAAAAUCUUCGACUUAUUUUAAGGUUUUGUAAUCAUGUUUAAGCUGGUGAGUCGCUUGAAUACGACAAAUUACAUGGCCUCCAGCUGUAAGCACCAGCCGCACGCCACCAAACCUCAAGGUUCCGCCUUUAACAAGAGGAUGAAGCCCAUGAAGGAGUUUACGCACGGUAAGAUCCCCAAGAUCAGUGUGGUGGGCGCUGGACAGGUGGGUACGGCGAUCAGUGUCAUGCUGCUGCUCCGCAAUCUCACCAAAUACCUCGUCAUCCUGGACGUCAACUACGAGCUGGCCAAAGCGGAGGCUCUGGACUUCCAGCAUGGCGCCGCCUUUCUGGGCGAUCCACGGAUUGUGCCCUGUGGCGAUGGCUCUCACUCCAAGGAUUCCGAUUUGGUUAUCAUUACGGCUGGGGCCCGACCAGCCGGAAAGGAUCGCUCUCGCAUGACAGCCAUGUCCAAGACCGUGGAGAUACUCAAGGAGGCGGUGCCGAAGCUGGUGGAACUCAGUCCCAAGGCCACCUUCAUAGUCAUCUCGAAUCCCGCCGAUGUGAUGACCUACGCAGUGCAGCGGAUUGGAAAAUUGCCCAAACAUCGGUGCUUCACCACCGGCUGUCAUCUGGACUCGAUGCGGUUCCGCAAUGCCAUCGCCGGACGACUUCGGUUGCCGGCGUCUCAAGUCCAGGGCUUCGUGAUCGGGGAGCAUGGCAACAGUGGGGUGCCCGCUUGGUCUACCGUCUCCAUCGGCGGCAUACGGCUGAAGGACGUGGUCAAGGAUUUGGCCUGCGGCGAAGAUCCGGAGAAUUGGUUCGAGAUCAACGGGCAGGUCGCCUCAGGCGGUCUGUUCGUGGGCAAGGUCAAGGGUUACACCAACUGGGCCAUUGCCACCACCUGCACGGACAUCGUGGAGGCGAUGUGCGGCGGCAGGGGCAAGAUCGCCUCCGUGGGCACCGACAUGCGGGGCAUCAAUGACAUCAAGGACAACGUUGUGCUAUCCCUACCCUGUCUGGUCCAAGCGGGUGGCAUUAGUCAUGUGUUCGAGCUGCCCCUCACGGAUGUGGAGAAACAGAAGCUGCACGCCUCUGCCGAGAUUCUCCUCGAGGCCCAAUGCUUCUUGAAGCUUUAAGCCAGCAGAAAAAAAGUAUUAAAAGUUUGAACCUCACUGGAUAAUGACAAUUUCCACUUGAGAUAAUCAACUCAAAUAAAAGAAGGAUGGGCGAAAUAUGAUUGAAAAGAUGUUGGAUACUAAAAACAUCUUGCAUAUCUUAGAAGACCUUUAAGUUCUGAACUAAAUGCAAGCCAAUGAUGAUUAUAGGAUGAUUUCCAAUAAUAGUGCUCUUAAAGUUACUAUACUUAGUGAUAGCUCAAAUACCAUCUUAGAGGCCUCCGCUGUGAUGAAGUUAUCCAAAAAUAACCACACUCAAAUCUCAAGUGGAAAAUGGGAAAGAAAUGAAGAAGAGCAAAGAGAGUGAAUAGGCAAGCCCUUUGCCCUUUCCACUUAUUCUCCAGAGCAAGCGAGACAAACACACCAUCUUUUGUAAACAAUCUGUUAGAGUGCAACGAUAUGAAGAUACUAUUCGGCAUUUCUGUAACCCUGCGGUGACAAUAUUUUGGAUUGGGGCGAUUCCUCAAGAUCGUGGGGCAGGUCUGCCAAUGAAAAUCGAAAGUCAAAGGUCUUGGAAACGAAUAGACUGUGAUGGUGCCUGAACCUUUUUAAAAACGUGUAGGAUAUUGAAAAUCAAACCAGGCCAGUCAAUGUGCUGAAAUUAUCAAUUUCGAGAUCUGGUUUCACCCUGAGGAAAGCAAAAGUUUUGUUGGUGAAACUCUGAAGGUCCUUUUGGAGUGGAAAUAGAUUUCAAGUGCUUAUACAGGUAGUCCUUAUGUAUGCUGCUCUUAGUU